GGUAAAUUUCUUAUUUCAAUGACAUCCAGGAAGAAAAGUGUUAGAAGUUAGAAAUUAGGACGGAGUGUCAUUGCAAUGAGUGGCCCUCCACCUGAUCCAUUUUAUAUAUUACGAGGGGGAGGCUCACCAGUAACAGCUGUCAUUUUUGGGUUCAUCAGGGAGGAACAACACUUGUUUUCUGGAGAUGAUAAAGGUAUCAUUAGGAUAUGGAACCUAUCAACAAAGAGAACAAAUAAGAUUCUCAAUGGUCAUGAUGGUAAAUCCAUUAUUAACCUGCAAUGGUUGAAAGAUGAUAAGCUGUUAAGCUUUGCUCGCGAUGGAUACCUUCUCAUUUGGAAUGUUUACCACGAAAAGAUCUUAAUCAGGUUGAAGAUAUUUGGGUUUGGAUUCUCUAAAUGUGAAGUUAUAUAUUAUUCAAAUUCCAACAUCUCCGUUGCGACAAACAGCAAAGAACAGUCACAAAUUGAUAUCUUAUGCACAAAAUCCAAUCAAGUUUUAAAAAAAUUGGUGCCAAAAUCUUCUCAGUCAUUGGGUAUGUGCAUGUGUUUAAAAAAUGUUCAACAUGAAGAAUUGCUAGCUGGUUACGAGAAUGGAGAUUUAGUGCUAUGGAAUACCACCUCUGCAAAAAUGAUUUCUAAACUUACCAUGCAUGAAGAACCAGUCAUGUGUAUAGAUUUUGAUCCAAACUCAGGAAGAGGAAUAACAGGAUCAGCUGAGACUCAACUCAAAGUUUUUAAGAUUACAAUGAAUAGUCAUCUUGAACUCGAAAGAACAGUAAUCAUAAAGAAUCCUGGUGUUUCUGAUGUCAAAAUCAGGGGGGAUGGUAAAAUAACAGCAACUGCUGGUUGGGAUAACAAGCUGAGAAUAUUCAGUUGGAAAAGUUUAAAACCUCUCGCCAUAUUGAACUACCACACACAAACAUUGAAUUCUCUAAGUUUCUCCAAAGAACAAAUAUUGGCGGCAGCUUCUAAAGAUGGGCGAAUAAGUUUGUGGUCUCUUUAUUAAAACAGAUACAUGUCAGGUGAUAGGAAAUACAAACACCUAGAUUUUAUGAUAUGAAGUCAGUUGAUAUAUUAUAGCUGGUUUUAGAUGUUUUAUUCCAAUGUUGAACAACUCACAAAGAUAACAGUCUUAAAUUAUUUUAACCAUUACAAAUAUUCAUUUAGUUUUGUUCUUAACUUUAAAGAUUACUCUAUCAUAGAAUGCUACAACACCUUAAGCAUUGUGCACAUUGCAUAAUUUUAUGGAGCGUGUUCGUGCCCCAUGGUACACAUUUACAUAACCUAUGGUUUUAAUUAUUCCUAUAAUUAAUAAAUAUGAGUUAACAAUA